GAUCAACGAUUGAGAGAGCUUUGAAAAACUGAAACAACUUCAUCUUGCACAUUGUAGAGAUGAUUUCUUCAGUUAAUUAUUAACCUAUGAGUGAAGAUACAUUGAAAAUUACUUGUAUUUAAAUGUCAACACUAUGGUAGUUCCUUCCACUCUGUUGGUUGAUUCUUUUAUUGCUGACUUCUUCACAUUUGGACUAUACCUACAUUCUUCAGUUACUUAAGCUUUGUAGGAGGAGGGUGGGCCGACCCGAACAAAUCUCGAUAGCCUUAGCUUUUUAGUUGUUCUUUAAGUAUUUAUACACUUUUCGCAGUCUACUCUUGCGUAAAGUCUAGGCUACGAGAUAUCUGGAAUAGAAGGAAUAACCAAUUGCCCAGCUUGCAUUGGAAAAAUCUGUCGUAACUUCUCUACCAAAUCGAUUGGUCAUUUCCGUUAAUCGUGUUAAUGUUCUAUCCUCUUUCAAAUAAUAUGGCAUUUCCUAAGAAGACUAAAGACAUCGUAUACUGUACUUGUUUUUUUAUUGUUUUCUUUGGAAUUUCAUUUGCUUCUUUCUAUCUUUUACCGGUAUUUCGUCUUUUACUUUAUAUUUAUUAUUCACGCACAUGUUCAUAUGUUUUAUGAUUAGUCAAUUGAGUCAAAUGCGAAUAUUGUAAUUUUAUGUACAAUUUAUUUAAGAAUAUAGAAUGCAAAAUGUUUAGGAACAUAAUGCAUAAUCUAAAUUUACUAAGAUACAAGUUUGUUUAAUUGUGCCACUCAAGCUAUCACAUGUAAGUUUCGUUAUACAUAGACUUACUUUUCAUGGCAUUUGACUAAAAUUUUUCUUAACAUAAAAAAUGUACGAAUGUAUAAUAUGACUUUUACUAUCAGUAAUCAAUGACAAAGCUAACAUGGCUAUUAAAAAUGAACUUUACUACUAAAGUACAUUUAAUGAACUAGCUCAAGUUUUGUUUAGGUGGUUUUGUAAGCUUGUUAGGAGCUAUAGUUUCAGAUUUAUGUAAUUACCUAUGUAAUCAUAAAUUGCGUUGGAAAUAUAUUAGGUAAAAGAUGAAACAAAACAAAUACUUUUUUAAUUAAAUGGUCAAACACUUAACAAUUACAGUGAUAUUAUUCUUACCACAUAAAUAGUUUAAACAAGUUAAAUUUAGAAGUGAAUUUUACGCCGUCUUAGGUAUCGUCUUGGACAAUAUUUAAUUUCAAAGACCUAUAUAAUAUGGCCAUUAUUUAAGACAGCAUACAAUUUUCCAAUUGUCACUAAUUUGAAGUAAUUGCGUUACACUGUCGUUGUUAUUCUUAAGAACAUCAGUCCAACAGUUUACGCGUGUUUCAGUGUACUUAUUUUCGUUUCCGAACGAUUUUGUUAAGGAAGCAAGGUGUUAAAAAUUUAAGAAAAACAAAUGGAAGAAAUGGAUGCAGACAGAUAUUUCGAUGUGUUUGAUUACAUUAUGUUCGCCUUAAUGCUAUUGAUUUCGGCGCUGAUCGGCGUGUAUUUUGCUUUCUUUUCAAAAAUUAAACAAAACACUACCACAGAAUAUCUCAUGGGAGGAAAAACGAUGGGAAUUUUUCCCAUAUCGAUGUCUUUAAUUGCGAGUUACAUAUCCGGUAUAAGUAUAUUGGGAAUUCCGGCAGAAAUAUACACAUAUGGUACUCAAUUUUGGAUGACCGUCGGUUCAGAAGGAUUCGUGGCUAUAACCAUGGCAUAUGCAUAUUUACCAGUAUUCUACAACCUUCAAAUUACAUCUAGUUACGAGUAUUUAAACUUGAGAUUCAACCAAACUGUGCAACUGCUAGGAUCCAUAUUAUUUCUUACCAAAAUGUUACUUUACAUUCCCAUUGUAAUAUAUGUUCCAGCUCUAGCAUUUAGCCAAGUUACUGGUAUUAACUUGCAUUUGGUGACGCCGGUUGUAUGCAUAGUUUGCAUCUUUUAUACGACUCUGGGAGGACUAAAAGCGGUUGUAUGGACUGAUACUGUACAGACAGUGGUGAUGUUUGGUGCAUUAAUUACAGUAAUGAUCAUGGGAAUCGUGAGUGUUGGAGGAUUUGAAGAGGUCUGGUCACGUAGCCAAGAAGGUGGUCGGAUAGACUUUUUCAAUUUAGACUGGGAUCCGACAAUUAGGCACACUUUUUGGACAGUGUUGAUUGGUAAUUAUUUUUCCUGGCUAGCGUCUUGCUCUAUAAAUCAGGCAAUGGUUCAAAGAUGCUUAGCAAUGCCAACACUGCCAUCGGCAAGAGUAACGAUUUUAAUACUUGUGGUUGGAAUUGGAGCGUUAGUAUCAAUGUGUUGUUUCAUGGGCCUCAUUAUAUACGCAUAUUAUCACAAAUGCGAUCCAGUUACCAGAGGUGUGAUUGUUAAAUCUGACCAACUCUUGCCUUAUUUUGUUAUGCAUAUUGCAAGUUUCAUGCCAGGAUUACCUGGAUUGUUUGUAAGUGGAGUCUUUAGUGCUGCGUUGAGUUCGAUGUCUACUGGCCUUAAUUCCAUGACAGGUGUGAUUUUUGAAGAUCUAAUUAAGCCGAGAUUGAGGAAACCAUUGAGCGAAGCUCAAGCUAGCUCUCUUAUGAAAGUAAUUGUGGUUAUCAUUGGGACAAUUUGUGUAGCUCUUGUUUUUGUAGUCGAAAAAAUGGGAGCCCUUAUACAAGCCUCUGGUAGCUUAUCGGCAAUUACUGCCGGUCCUCUUUUAGGAAUAUUUACACUAGGAAUGUUCUUUCCUUUUGCCAAUGCUAUUGGCGCUUUAGUUGGGGGUAUUUCGAGUGGUGCUUUAAUUACAUGGAUUUCAAUAGGAACACAAUUAAAGAUGGCACAAGGUCAAAUAACAUUUGCUCAAAAGCCGGUUUCGGUGGAGGGUUGUAAUCCGAAAUGGAUAAUGGAAUAUCUUAGUUUAACUUUAUCAGACGAUACUACUGCAACACCAGUGGAACCACCUUUUGCUUUAUACAGAUUAUCAUACAUGUAUUACACAGCUUUAGGUGCCAUCACCGCAAUUUUGAUUGGGAUAACGGUUAGUUUUGCUACAGGAUGCAAUAAAGGAAAAUGCAUAAACACUAAAUUAUUGUCACCGGUUAUAGUGAAGUUUCUAAAAAUUGCUAGUAAUACAAAGGCCACUGAAAAUGGCAGUAGCAGUAACGGAUUGCAAAUGGAUAUUAUAAGAUAA